UAUGAUGAUGUCAAUGUGGGACGCUAUAGCGCCAUUUUGAACUGUCUGUGUAUGGUGGGUGUCGGAAGGGUGGGAAGACUUGUCGGGGAGGGUGAGUGAGCUAACAAGCCAGAACGUCUCGGUCUCGCGAUUCAGUUUCUUCAUUUGAGAGACCGCUUGCACCAGUCAAAACCUGACAAACAAGCCCGGGAAUCCCUCUAGCCAUGGCAGGAGCUGGAGGUGGGAGCAAUGAUGUGCAGUGGUGCUUCUCACAGGUGAAGGGGGCCGUUGAUGACGACGUUGCCGAAGCCGACAUCAUAUCUACCGUGGAGUUCAACCACUCAGGGGAGCUGCUAGCCACAGGAGACAAGGGUGGCAGGGUCGUCAUCUUUCAGCAGGAAAUAGAGCAGAAUAAGAGUCAGCCACAGUGCCGUAGUGAGUACAAUGUUUACAGUACUUUCCAGAGCCAUGAGCCCGAGUUUGACUACUUGAAGAGUUUAGAGAUCGAGGAGAAGAUCAACAAAAUCCGCUGGCUGCCCCAGAAGAACGCAGCUCAGUUCCUGUUGUCCACUAACGACAAAACCAUAAAGUUGUGGAAGAUCAGUGAACGAGACAAGCAACCAGAGGGCUACAACCUGAAAGAGGAGGAUGGACGCUACAUAGACCCCAACACUGUCACUGCACUUCGAGUGCCUGUGUUUAGACCCAUGGACCUCAUGGUGGAAGCGAGCCCUCGCAGGGUGUUUGCCAAUGCGCACACCUACCACAUCAACUCCAUCUCCAUAAACAGUGACCAUGAGACAUAUCUAUCCGCAGACGACCUGCGCAUCAAUCUCUGGCACCAGGAGAUCACCGACCGCAGCUUCAACAUUGUGGAUAUAAAGCCAGCCAACAUGGAGGAGCUGACAGAGGUGAUUACAGCAGCUGAGUUCCAUCCACACCAGUGCAACACCUUUGUCUACAGCAGCAGCAAGGGCACCAUCCGCCUCUGUGACAUGAGGGCAUCAGCACUAUGUGACACGCACUCCAAAUUGUUCGAGGAGCCGGAAGACCCCAGUAACCGCUCCUUCUUCUCUGAGAUAAUCUCUUCCAUCUCGGACGUCAAGUUCAGCCACAACGGGCGCUACAUGAUGACCCGGGACUACCUGUCUGUCAAGAUUUGGGACCUGAACAUGGAGAACAGGCCCGUGGAGACGUACCAGGUUCACGAGUACCUCAGGAGUAAGCUGUGCUCGCUCUAUGAAAACGACUGCAUCUUUGACAAGUUUGAGUGCUGCUGGAACGGAAAUGACAGUGUGGUGAUGACGGGCUCAUACAACAACUUCUUCCGGAUGUUUGACCGGGGCCAGAGGCGGGAUGUGACCCUGGAGGCGUCCCGGGAGGGCAGUAAGCCAUGGCAGGUCCUGAAGCCCCGCAAGGUGUGUGCCGACGGGAAGCGGAAGAAGGACGAGAUCAGUGUAGACAGCCUGGACUUCAACAAGAAAAUCCUCCACACUGCCUGGCACCCUCAGGACAACAUCAUCGCCGUGGCAACCACCAACAACCUCUACAUAUUCCAGGACAAAGUGAACUAGGUGUUUUCCGUGAAGGCAGACAUCCACUACCUUCAGCCUUUAAUUUUAGUCAAGAACAAAAUGUGUGACAACAUCGCCAACAACAACUAACCUGUUAUUGGACAAAACAGACUUUGCCAAGUUUCCAGGUGUGGAAAACUGAAACCAUAUUCUUGCCCACCAUCAGCCUCUGUGGCACAGUGAUGCGUCACUCACCAUGAUAUUGUUUUGGUGGUGAUGUGCCAAUAUCUGUGCGUCGCCGGCCCAGUAUCGCCCAGCCCCAGGGCAACAUGGGUAACUCGUUUAAUUUAUAUGCAUGUCUGACAAGCACGCUUUCUUUGGGGGAGGGGGGGUCGAGGGCUAGUAGAAAAACCAACACACCGAGAAUCAUCCCUACCCCUUCAGUACCGCCUCUCAUUGUCUGGUGCCAUAGUCAUUUUUUUUUAUUAGUCAACUGCCAAACUGUUCUGUUUUAAUUCAAUUACAAGAACUGGUGUUCUGUUUCUAUUGUUUCUCAUACCACAUACUUCUCCGAGAGCCUCCAUCUCUUACAUACACACACACAGAAAUAUUCAGACACACAUUUAUUAAAGAGCCUAGCUGUUGCUGCUGUUGGUGUACUGCUGCACCUCAGAGGAACAGUCUAAAACAUCUACUGAGAGCAUGUAGUAUGACUGGUCCUACACUACAUGACCAAAAGUAUGUGGACACCUGCUUGUCAAACUUCUCAUUCUAAAAUCAUGGGCAUUAAUAUGGAGUUGGUGCUAUAACAGCCUCCACUCUUCUGGGAAGGCUUUCCACUAGAUGUUUAACAUUGCUACAAGGACUUGCUUUCAUUAGCCACGAGCAUUAGUGAGGUCGGGCACUGAUGUUGGCUGAUUACCCCUGGCUCGCAGUCCGUGUUCCAAUUUAUCCCAAAGAUGUUUGAUGGUGUUGAUCAGGGCUCUACCGGCCCGUUAAGUUUUUCCUCACCGAUCUCGACAAACCCCAUCUGUAUGGACCUCGCUUUGUGCACGGGGGCAUAGUCAUGCGCAAAACAGGAUGGGGCCUUCCCCAAACUGUUGCCACAAGUUGGAUGCACAGAAUUGUCUAGAAUAUCAUUGUAUGCUGUAGCGUUAAGUUUUCCCUUCACUGGAACUAAGGGGCCUAGGCCAAACCAUGAAAACAGCCCCGGUCCAUUAUUCCUCCACCACCAAACUUUACAGUUGGCAUUAUGCAUUAAGGCAGGUAACAUUCUCCUGGCAUCUGCCAAUCCCAGGGUCGUCCGUCAGACUGCCAGCUGGUAAAGUGUGAUUCAUACUCCAGAGAACACGUUUCCACUGCUCCAGCGUCCAAUGGUGGCAAGCCUUACACCACUCCAGCAUUGCCCAUGGUGUUCUUAGGCUUGUGUGCAGCUGCUCGGUCAAGGAAACCCAUUUCACGAAGCUCCCAACGAACAGUUCUUGUGCUGACAUUGCUUCCAGACACAGUUUGGAACUUGUGAGUGUUGCAACCGAGGACAUACGAUAUUUACGUGCUUCAGCACUCGGCGGUCCCGUUCUGUGAGCUUGUGUGGCCUGCCACUUCGCGGCUGAGCUGUUGUUGCUCCUAGACGUUUCCACUUCACAAUAACAGCUCUUACAGUUUACUGGGGCAUCUCUAGCGAGGCAGACAUUUGACAAACUGACUUGUUGAAAAGGUGGCAUCCUAUGAUGGUGCCACGUUGAAAAUUACUGAGCACUUCAGUAAGGCCAUUCUACUGCCACGUUUAAAAUCACUGAGCUCUUCAGUAAGGCCAUUCUACUGCCAAUGUUUGUCUACGGAGAUUUGCUCGCUGUGUGCUCGAUUUUCAUAUACCUGUCAGCAACAGCUGUGGCUGAAAUGGGCAAAUUCACUUAUUUGAAGGGAUGUCCACAUACUUUUGUGUGUCUGCACACACUACUAGAUCCACAACCAGUCUGUCUGGCCCAGUGAGGACUCCUUACAACUGCUUGGGAGAGACUUUACUGAGUCUGGCAACCAGGGAGUUCUUGCUGUCUCUUUUUAAAAAUAAACUAAAAAAAUCUUGGUUUUCUGUUGUCAAAGAGACAUUCUGAGAUUUGUCAUAUUUAUAAAUGGAACAAAUGUAAUAUCCGUUUUAUUCGUUCUCUUUUUAAGGUAAAGUGAAAUCUCUCUUGAUGUAUUUUAUAUUGUCGGGAGUAUCCCCUUUUCAUACCUCGCUUAGUGAUCUUUCUAUUGCAGAAAAGCAAUACUUCAUUAUAGGAAAACCUCAAUCAUUCCAAGUGCUAUACAGUGUCGUACUUGAUCUGUGUCAUAGUACUCCCAAUAUUAUACAGAAAAUUGCAUAGUGAAACGCUAAAGAUGUGUGUAGCAUUUCAUGAAGAACUGCCAUGAAAGUGGCAAUGUUCAAAAAAAUUAUCUGAAUCGGAGUGAAAUGGAACUCACUCACCAAUACCAUGCUCUGAUUUUGCUCAUCAACUUAUGUCUACACACAGUGCAAUUUUACAGUUUAAAUCACAAUGCCUCCAAUCAUGUUUGACAAUAAUUACAAAUAUAAUACAGCUGUUGUAAAUCUAUAGUGACAAUGACAGGAAUAAAGUACUUUUUUAAAUAUUUUUUUUA